AUGCUGGCUACCGAGAUCCUUCCGCUGCUUUUGCAGUACUGGCCACUUGUAUUGGCAACAACCACCAUUGCAUAUCUACUCAACAACAAAUACUGGAAAGGGCUGAAUAAGUACCCCGGACAUUGGGCUGCCGGAUACACCAACUGGUGGCGGUUGUGGGAUGUGUCAAAGAAGAAUCAUCACUGGACGAACCUUGCGUUGCACCGUGAGCAUGGAGACAUUGUCAGGGUGGGCCCGAAUGUCCUGUCUUUCGCGGAUCCAAAGGCCAUCAAAGCUAUCUACGGGCUGAACAAGGGUGUCUAUAAGUCUGACUUCUACCCUGUCCAAGGUGCCGUGUCCAAGGGAGCACCGCUUCUCUCCCUCUUCUCCACCACCGACGAAGACUUCCACGCAAAGUACCGCCGAUGCGUCAACAACGCAUUCGCCAUGAGCUCGCUCGUCAACUACGAGCCUCUCGUCAGCUCGACACUCACAUACUGGCUUGACAAGACAGAGGACAUGUUUGCGAAGACUGGCCAGAGCUGCAACUUCAGUCAAUGGCUGCAAUUCUUCGCCUUUGAUGUAAUCGGUGAGUUGACAUGGAGCAAGCGACUCGGGUUUGUGGAGGGAAACAAGGACGUCGAUAACAUUAUUGGAUUCUUGGGCAAGUUCUUCGACUAUGUAGCGCCGGUCGGCCAAAUCCCCAUCCUUGACCGUCUCCUGUGGAAGAAUCCCAUUAGCCUCUUCGCCCAGCGCAUCGGCCUGGACAAGCGCAUCCAUCCCGUCACCCUCUUCGCCCUAAACCGUUCUAGUGAGCGUGCCAGUCAAGUCGAAAAGAUCAAGCGGUUUGGUCUCUCCGACGACGAAAAGGCUAACCCUCGUGGUAUCGAUCUCCUCUCCAAGUUUGCUCAAGCAAGCCACGAUCAUGAAUUUAUGGAUGACAACCGCAUCCUGUCUACCUGCACAUCUAUGGUCUUUGCUGGUUCGGAAACAACCGCCAUCUCGCUUUCAGCUGUUUUCUACUUCCUGGUCAAGCACCCACGUGUCUACCUGAAGCUCAUGCAAGAGCUCGACAACGCCGUAGCAGAUGGAACCAUCGAGUCUCGUCCCGACAAGACUGUCUCGUGGCCCGAAGCCCAGAAACUCACCUACCUCGACGCCGUCGUCCAAGAAUCUUUCCGUCUUCACCCUGCACCCGGUCUUAUCCUCGAGCGCGUCGUACCCAAGCAGGGUAUGCAGAUCUGUGGUGAAAUCAUUCCUGGUGGUACGAUCGUCGGCUGCAAUGCAUGGGUUGUACAGCGUCGACCAGAAGUAUUCGGAGUAGAUGUUGAUACGUUCCGGCCAGAGCGUUGGAUCGAGGCUAGCCCUGAUAAGCUCAAGGAAAUGAAAGGAACGAUGUUGCAGUUUGGUGCUGGGGCUAGAACAUGCAUUGGGAAGAACAUUAGUCUCCUGGAGAUUUACAAGCUGGUGCCAAGUUUCUUGAGGAGAUUCGAGAUUGAGCUUGAAUACCCUGGUGCUGAGUGGAAGACACACAACGCAUGGUUUGUCACACAAAAGAACUUCAAUACGGUGUUCAGGCCAAGAAGAGGCUCGCCAUAA